CUUUAGUCAGGGCCUAGCGUGGGGACGUUCCUAGUGGUGCCAAUGCUCUGGUCCAGCACGGCCCUCCCACCUCCCCACCCGUGCCGGACACGCCCCGGAGCAGAGCGAGGUGUCCCUGCCCCGAGAAGAGCCCGGGCUGGUGCAGUCUGCGGGGGGACACUGGCACUCGGGGGCACAGACAGCUUUAGAUUUCCACCCGUUCUGAACACGCAACCCCUGCAAUGGUGGGAGCUGCAUUUCUAGGGACGCUGCAGUCCUGAGGUCCCCGACCUAAAACUAACGGCCAAGAUGGCGGCUCAGAGGCAGCGGGCACUGGCCAUCAUGUGCCGGGUCUACGUGGGCUCCAUCUACUACGAGCUGGGCGAGGACACCAUCCGCCAGGCCUUCGCCCCCUUCGGGCCCAUCAAGAGCAUCGACAUGUCCUGGGACUCGGUCACCAUGAAGCACAAGGGCUUCGCCUUCGUGGAGUACGAGGUGCCCGAGGCCGCCCAGCUGGCCCUGGAGCAGAUGAACUCUGUCAUGCUGGGGGGCAGGAACAUCAAGGUGGGCAGGCCCAGCAACAUCGGGCAGGCGCAGCCCAUCAUCGACCAGCUGGCCGAGGAGGCCCGGGCCUUCAACCGCAUCUACGUGGCCUCGGUGCACCAGGACCUGUCCGACGACGACAUCAAGAGCGUCUUCGAGGCCUUUGGCAAGAUCAAAUCCUGCACCCUGGCCAGGGACCCCACCACGGGGAAGCACAAGGGCUACGGGUUCAUUGAGUACGAGAAGGCGCAGUCGUCGCAGGACGCCGUGUCCUCCAUGAACCUCUUCGACCUGGGGGGUCAGUACCUGCGGGUGGGCAAGGCCGUGACCCCCCCGAUGCCGCUGCUGACCCCGGCCACGCCCGGCGGGCUCCCCCCGGCCGCCGCCGUCGCCGCCGCCGCCGCCACCGCCAAGAUCACCGCACAGGAGGCCGUGGCAGGAGCUGCAGUUUUGGGCACUCUGGCAACACCAGGACUCGUGUCCCCAGCCCUGACCCUGGCCCAGCCCCUGGGGGCUCUGCCCCAGGCUGUGAUGGCAGCACAGGCCCCUGGAGUCAUCACAGGCGUGACGCCCGCCCGGCCGCCCAUCCCGGUGACGAUCCCGCAGGUGGGGGUGGUGAACCCCAUCCUGGCCAGCCCCCCAGCCCUGGGGCUGGUGGAGGUGAAGAAGGAGAAGGAGGAGGAGGAGGUGUUCCAGGAGUCGGAGCGGCCGGAGAUGCUGAGCGAGCAGGAGCACAUGAGCAUCUCGGGCAGCAGCGCCCGCCACAUGGUCAUGCAGAAGCUGCUCCGCAAGCAGGAGUCCACGGUGAUGGUUCUCCGGAACAUGGUGGACCCCAAGGACAUCGACGACGACCUGGAGGGGGAGGUGACGGAGGAGUGCGGGAAGUUCGGGCGGGUGAGCCGGGUCAUCAUCUACCAGGAGAAGCAGGGCGAGGAGGAGGACGCCGAGAUCAUCGUCAAGAUCUUCGUGGAGUUCUCGGAGGCCGCGGCCACCCACCAGGCCAUCCAGGCGCUCAACGGCCGCUGGUUCGCCGGCAGGAAGGUGGUGGCCGAGGUCUACGACCAGGAGAGGUUCGACAACAGCGACCUGUCGGCGUGAGCCGGGGCCGGGAACCGCCGGGGCCGGGAACCGCCGGGAUCCUGGGAAUCGGGGCGGCCCCCAGCUCGGAGCCGGGGAUCGGCCCCGCUGGGAUCCUGGGAAUCCACCCGACUCGGGUCUGAUCGUGGGCUCAGCUCUGAUCCUGGGAAUCCACCCGGCUCCGAUCUGAUCGUGGGCCCAGCUCUGAUCCUGGGAACUGGCACAGCUUGGAUCUGGGGCAUCAGCUCAACUCCAGUGCCGGGGAUCAGCCGAACUCUGAUCCCAGGAAUCAGCCAAGCUUGGAUCUGGGGACUGGCCCAGCUCUGAUCCCAGGAAUCGGCCGAGCUCAGAUCCCAGGGACUGGCCCAACUGAUCCCAGGAAUCGGCCGAGCUCAGAUCCAAGGGACUGGCCCAGCUCAGAUCCCAGGAAUUGGCCCAACUGAUCCCAGGGACUGGCCCAACUCUGAUCCAAGGGACUGGCCCAACUGAUCCCAGGAAUUGGCCGAGCUCAGAUCCCAGGGACCAGCCUGACCAAUCCCAGGGCUCGGCUGAGCUUGGAUCUGGGGUCCCAGCCCAACUCUGACCCCAGGGCUCGGCUGAGCUCAGCUCCAGGGGAUCCACCCAGCUCAGCUCCAGGGGAUCAACCCAGCUCCAGGGGAUCAGCCCAGCUCCAGGGGAUCAACCCAGCUCCAGGGGAUCAACCCAGCUCCGAGGGAUCAGCUCCCAAGGAUCAGCUCCCAGGGAUCAGCUCCGAGGGAUCAGCUCCCAGGGAUCAGCUCCCAGGGAUCAGCUCCGAAGGAUCAGCUCCCAGGGAUCAGCUCCGAGGGAUCAGCUCCGAGGGAUCAGCUCCCAGGGAUCAGCUCCCAGGGAUCAGCUCCCAGGGAUCAGCUCCGAGGGAUCAGCUCCCAGGGAUCAGCUCCAGGACUGGCCCCGCCCCCUCCGCUUCCCGGGAUUUUUGUAGCCGUGUGCAAAGGACAUUCCAGGGGGGGAUCCGGGGGGAUCUGGGGGGAUCCGGGGGGAUCUGGGGGGAUCUGGGCUCCGGGGCGUUGGGAUAAAAGCUCAAACAAAGUC